AUGGAUGACGCUGCCGUCCUCAAGCGACGAGGCUACAUCAUGGGGAUAAAUUUGGGAGAGGGCUCAUACGCAAAAGUCAAAUCCGCUUACUCUGAGCGCCUAAAGUUCAACGUGGCGGUCAAGAUCAUCGACCGCAAGAAAGCCCCCACAGACUUCCUGGAGAAAUUCCUUCCCAGGGAAAUUGAGAUUCUGGCCAUGCUAAACCACCGCUCCAUUGUCAAGACCUACGAGAUCUUUGAGACAUCAGACGGCAAGGUCUACAUCGUCAUGGAGCUCGGGGUCCAAGGAGACCUCCUUGAAUUCAUAAAAACCCGGGGAGCCCUGCAAGAGGAUGAUGCUCGUAAGAAGUUCCACCAGCUCUCCUCGGCCAUCAAGUACUGCCAUGACCUGGAUGUCGUCCACAGAGACCUCAAGUGCGAGAACCUUCUCCUGGACAAGGACUUCAACAUCAAGCUGUCUGACUUUGGCUUCUCCAAGCGCUGCCUGCGGGACGAAAGUGGCCGACUGAUAUUAAGCAAGACCUUCUGUGGGUCAGCAGCAUAUGCAGCCCCCGAGGUGCUGCAGGGCAUCCCCUACCAACCCAAAGUGUAUGACAUCUGGAGCCUUGGCGUGAUCCUCUACAUCAUGGUCUGUGGCUCCAUGCCCUACGAUGACUCCAAUAUCAAGAAAAUGCUGCGCAUUCAGAAGGAGCACCGUGUCAACUUCCCACGCUCCAAGCACCUAACAGGAGAAUGUAAGGACCUCAUCUACCGCAUGCUACAGCCGGAUGUUAACCGGCGGCUGCACAUUGAUGAGAUCCUCAGCCACUGCUGGGUGCAACCCAAGGCACGGGGUCUAUCCUCUGCAGCCAUCAAGGAGGGGGAGAGCUCCCGGAGCAUUGACCCGCAAUGGACCCCUGAACCUGGCUCUGACAAGAAGUCUGCCACCAAGCUGGAGCCUCGGGAAGAGGCUCGAGCUGAGGCACGACACGAGACACGACCUGAGACAAAACCUGAGGAGGAUACAGUGCAAGUGGCCAGGCAAUCAGAGACCCUGGGCUUCAGCAGUGAGCAGAUGAUCAGGGAAUCAGAGGAAGGGCCUCCCCAACAGCCUCCAGAGACACACACCUAG